GAUCAAACUGUAACUGCUGUAAGGCAACGUGAACAAAUCAGUGUAUCAAAAGAAAAACGAGCAGCAAAAACAGUUGCUGUCAUCAUUUUUGUAUUUUCAUUUUGUUGGCUUCCAUUCUUUUGCGCAUAUGUUAUAUUACCAUUUUGUAAUUCAUGCUAUAUUCAUCCCAAGAUCAUGCAAGCAUUUGUAUGGCUCGGUUAUAUUAAUUCAUCGCUCAAUCCAUUUCUAUAUGGUAUAUUAAAUUUGGAAUUUCGGCGGGCAUUUGAAAAAAUUUUAUGUCCCAAAUUGGCUGAUUUUAAUCGUAGGAUUAGAACACAUCGAAAAUAA